AUGUACCUGCUUUGUCUGCUAGGAAACCUCUUGAUAAUCUUGCUGAUCUUCUCCAAUGCCAGCCUCCUCCAUGCUCCUAUGUAUUUCUUCCUCUGUCACUUGUCAUUGGCUGACGUUGGAUUUAGUUCUUCAAUUGUGCCUAAAAUGCUGCAGAACGUGGUGUCUCAGUCAAAUACCAUAUCCUUCAGUGGUUGUUUGACACAGAUGUAUUUCUUUGUGAGCUUCGGUACAGCAGAGAACUUUCUCCUGGCCUCCAUGGCAUUUGAUCGCUAUGUAGCCAUCUGCCGCCCCUUGUAUUACACUAGAACCAUGAGCUAUAAAUGCUGCCUAGAAUUAGCUGCUGCAUCUUGGCUUACUACUGUGACCUUGUUCUAUGGAUCUCUGAUGGGCACCUACCUUCGUCCGUCCUCCACCUAUUCUGGGACAAAGUUGAGAGUGGCAUCAAUAGCAUACACGGUGGUCACCCCAUUACUCAAUCCUUUCAUAUACAGCCUGAGGAACAGUGAGAUACAUGCAGCCAUAAAGAUAUUAUUCAGGAGCUGGUUUCAGAAGAACUGA